CAAUUUCCACUGACCUCCGUUUUCCCCUCAGUAAAGAAAGCAGGAUUUAGUCAGGGGUCUGUGAUAGGGAUAGCGUCAUACCUGUUAAUCCAGGUUUCCAGUGAGCUCUUCACUGACAGUUUAUCAAUAUCUAGGAAACAACAGAAACAAGCUUUCAAAGGCCCAUUCACCUAAAGUCAUCUGUGGCACAGCAAUAUUUUAUAUUCAAACAUAGCUAAUUUGUUUAUUGUGCAUGAGUUUGUUGAGAAUUAUGAGAAACUCCUGGUUUUGGAUAUCACUCAGGUAGAAAUCCCCAUGUGCUCAUAUGUUUUGUAUUGGAGCAAUACACACUGAGAUGGCAUUUUUGUCUCCAGAUUAGCUCACAUAAUAAGACUGCCUCCUUUACACUGACUUGAAAGUAUAUGAAUUUGGAUUGGCUUGAAAGCCAGGGUGGCCUUCACUAGUUUUCAUAAGUAGCAGGAUGAGAAGAAAGUCCAGUACUGUUGCCUGAGCAUAGAAUCGUGGUGAAGCGUACAGAAUGAUUUCACUGAUUUUUGUCUUUGCCUUGUUUUCAGUUGUUGCUGCUGAUGUUAAAUGUGAGAAAAAACUUGGGAAGUGCCAUGACUAUCGGCAAAUAAGAUGCUGGUCUGAGAUGGUUUCUGGGCUGUGCGGACGUGAUAAAAAUAGAAAAUGCUGCAUGCCUUGCUCUAAUUCGUGUAAAAUGAAUGAGCACCUGUGGAUUCUCUUCUACGAUCGAGCUUGUUUAAACCGCAGGGGGAUAUGUCAGUAUAGCGGCAAUUAUUGUUCUGGCACAUACUCUAGCUAUAGAUGCGGGGGACCUAAAACACGCCACUGCUGUUUGCUACCUAGACCAUCUGGGAAAUAAUGACUCCCUAAAGACAUACACCUGGCAGAGGAAGAGCCAAGAAUAUAAAAUUAGCUUUCAGCCUCUGGAUACCACCAAUAGGUCACAUUCCCUCCCUUCCCCAAAAUAACUACAGUUUGCCUUAUUCAUGCUUCAGCAUUCUCCAUUUCUUGAAUUUCCUGUAAUUUGGUUUAACCACAUUACUAGAAAGUUUCCUAUUUUUAUAUUAAGCCAUGCUCCAGACUGUAAUCCUGCAGCUUUUCCAGGUGUUAACUCUGAAGAUGUAACAUAUCUAGAAUGCAUAAUGAAAUAGACUUAUGUAACUGAGCAAGAAGUGUCCCAUUUACUGGUGAGACAAGGAAGAACCUUUCAUGGAACACUCUAAUAAGGUUCUAUUUGCCCACAACUUUUCCAAAAUAAGGUUGAUUACUCAGUGGUCACCUUCUGAAGUACAGAAUUGUCCAACUAGCUGAUUUCCUUCCCAAACCUAAGGUGUAUGUGUCUCUGGAGGCCUGCCCAAUCUGUAGCUUUACAGAUUGCUUGGGACUCUCUUCCCACCUUCCACCCAAUCAUCUUUCUGAAAUCAGGAAUUUAGCUACAGACUGCUGAGGAAUGCAGAAAUAGAUAUCACAAUUUGUCCUUGAAUUCUCCCCUUUUUUAUUUUUAAACCCACUGUUCAGUUGUUAAAAAUACCCCAGACAAGUUAAUUGCAUUGCAUUCUCCUAAACCACAUAAUUACUUUUGCCGAAGGGUUUGGCGUUUCCACAAUAUUUAUUGUCUGCCCUGCCGGGACGCCCCCAAGAGAAGGCUCUGUUCCGGUUGAUAUUUGGCUUUACAGAUUAAGUUCUGAACCAAGAUAACAGGUUCCUAUUAAAUUUCCCUGAUGAUGUCUGAUUGGCUAGGAACUAAGACACAACCUCUUUUGGAAUGCAUAAAUAGAAAGCAAAGUAUUUUAGACCCUUCACUUGAAACCACAACUCUGGUGACACAGAAAAGAUGCUCAUAGUCAGAACAAUCUUUGUUGCUACCUUGAUUUCAUAUGGUAAGUCAAAAUAAUAUUGUAAUGUUGCUGAUUUUAAACUAGCAUUUUUUGCUGGAAAAACACUCUUAAGGAAGGGCAAAUCUGGGCUUAACUGCCACUUGUGUAUUUGAAAAUCACCAUCUUAAUUUUGUGUAAAUACUUUAACAGCAAAAUCCAUAACAGUUACUGAUAAAGAUUACAGUAAAAUAUUAAUAGUAUUAAUUUAUGUCCAUUGCAUAAGAGAGACUAUAGACAGAUAACAGUAUAUUAACUCCAUCAGCAAUUUGGGGUUUCUCUCAAAAACCUGUAAAUGGUUUUAUAUUAUGACAAAGAUCAAAAGGUAUAGACCAUUUCAGACUGUUUCUUUAUCUGUGAUCCUGUAAUAAAAGGACCAGAACAAUGGAGGAGGAAACGUUCUCUGUUUUUAAGUAAAUUGCGGUCAUGCAAUGUAAGUUUCUUGGAUGUGAUUACAUUCAGGUAUUUUUCGGUUACUACCAUAUAAAAGGUCUUUCCUCCAAGUGAUCAAGUCCUAUUCGAGGAAACAGGUUUGAGAGAAAUACACACUUUUUACCCCAACAUUUACUCUAUAUUCAUUGUGAAGGCCUUUAUGGAACCACUAAUAGCUCAAACAUAUUUCUCACAUCCCUUCUUCACUCAUGAUUUGGUAUGUGUAUCCACUUCUGUAUAACCAUUGGAUAUAAUUAUUUAUGAGGAUACCACCACAACACGCAUUUAAAAUCUUAAGCCAUAAGCAGUCAUCCAUACAAUAAAUACACAUUCAUAAGCAUUUGAUCAGAAUACUCAUGAGAGGAUCAGUCUCGGGAUAACCCUGGCAUCCUGGCUUGAUUCAGCGUGAUUGGAUAGGAUCUGAUAAAUACCCUAGUUCUUUUAUACAGUGCGGCAAACAAGUGAUGUCAUGUUGAUUCUCACUAUCCUAGCUAAUAACCAGGUUUUGGCCUGAUUGGAGUCACUGCUGGUUCAUUAGGCACAAUCCUCCUUUAUUGUUAGAACCAUCUGGGAUAACUGAGGACUUUUCCAAGGUCUUUUCCUCCUAUGUUAUCAGUUACCUUUUAGGUCCAUUUUUUUCCAAGUAAGCCACAUUUCAAGCCCCGUAUUUCCAAUCAAGCAGACCAUUUUUCAAAGCCUUCCCACAACUGCUAACUGCAAGGCAUAUCUUUUCUUUAACCAAGCUAAUUUACCCCCUUAUAUACCUAUAUUAUCCAACAACAGCUAUAUCUACAGCAUCUCUCUAUACAAUAACUGUAUCAGGAAAUAAAAAAUGCUCUUGGAAGUUAAACUGGAUUCUUUGAAUAAUUGUAGAGGAUUUAAAAACACUAUUAAAGUGUGAAGCCAUAAAAUCCUACUCUCCUGUGUGUAGAUAAAGAUAUGUUAUUCUUUUCCAUACAUCAGCUAUGUGAUUACUAGGUGAACUCGUUAUGGACAUGGCAUACAUGGUUAAUGUCUUGUGUUGCUGCAGGACCAUGGGGACAGAUAUGUGCUGGGAAUCCUAGGAACAAAGCAAGGGGCUGUGAUGGAUAUGGCUGUGGAUAUUAUACAGCUCCAAGAAAAGACGGUAGAAGAAAGCACCUAGGGGUGGAUGUUAUAUGCAGAGAUGGCUCAACAGUGUAUGCUCCUUUCAGUGGCAUGAUUGAGAGACGAAUUAACCCCCAUGGAGGGAGAAAUUUCAUUAAUAAAGGUGUAAAACUUCGUGGAUCAGGUUUCUGCGUCCAUAUGUUCUAUAUCAGGCCUGUUACUUACAGAGGUCGGAUCAAAAAGGGACAAAAAAUUGGAGAAAUGCUGCCAAUGCAAAGAGUAUAUCCCGGUAUAACAUCUCAUGUUCAUGUCCAGAACUGUAACCACUUUAAUGUCACUCGCUACUUAAAAAUUUGCUUCACUUUUGUAUAUUCCAUUUCUUUUCAAGUUGCUGCAGGACCAUGGGGACAGAUAUGUGCUGGGAAUCCUAGGAACAAAAUACGGGGCUGUGACAGACUUGGCUGUGGAUAUUAUAAAGCUCGAAGAGGCAAUAGAUUGCACCUAGGGGUCGAUGUUAUAUGCAGAGAUGGCUCAACGGUGUAUGCUCCUUUCAGUGGCGUGAUUGGGGGACGAGUUAACCCCUACAAAGCUGGAAAGAAUGCCAUUAAUAAUGGCAUCCUCCUCCGUGGAUCAGGUUUCUGCAUACAUAUGUUCUACAUCAAGCCAGUUAGAUACAGUGGUCGGAUCAACAAGGGACAAAAAAUUGGAGUAAUGCUGCCAAUGCAACGCGUAUAUCCUGGUAUAACAUCCCAUGUUCAUGUCCAGAACUGUGACCGCUCAAAUCCCACUGGCAAUUUAUAAACGGAAAUGUACAUUCAAUGGAAAUGUAUAAAAUCAUCUGAGCAAACAAAAGCAAAAUUUCUUCUCCUCCUCCACAGACCGCAUGUAGUCCAUGGGAAAGGGAAAGACACAUGCAGCAAAAUAAAAAUGCAUGUGUCAGCCACAGUAGCUAGCCCCGUGUC